GCUCGGGGAAGAAUAUGGCAGAGAGCGGUCGCCAGCAGCCUUCAGACUCUUUGGAGGAGUCCCCUCCUACUGCUCAUAACUUCAUGAUUCCAAAGAAGGAGAUAAAUACAGUUCCUGACAUGGGCAAGUGGAAACGGUCUCAGGCAUAUGCAGAUUACAUUGGUUUCAUCUUCACCUUAAAUGAAGGGGUUAAGGGGAAGAAGUUAACCUGUGAAUACAAAGUCUCUGAGCCCGUUAAUAAGCUUGUCGCUCUCCUCAACACAUUAGACAGAUGGAUUGAUGAGACCCCUCCCAUGGAUCAGCCCUCCAGAUUUGGGAACAAAGCCUUCAGGACUUGGUAUGCUAAACUUGACCAGGAAGCAGAAAACCUAGUGGCCACAGUGGUCCCUAGUCAUCUGGCAGGUGCUGUACCUGAGGUGGCCCUUUACCUAAAGGAAUCAGUGGGAAACCCUACCCGAAUUGAUUAUGGCACAGGUCAUGAAGCGGCCUUUGCUGCCUUCCUUUGCUGUCUCUGCAAGAUUGGAGUCCUCAGGGUAGAUGAUCAAAUGGCCAUUGUCUUCAAAGUAUUUAAUCGGUACCUUGAGGUUAUGAGGAAACUUUAGAAAACCUACAGGAUGGAGCCAGCUGGAAGCCAAGGAGUGUGGGGUCUAGAUGACUUCCAGUUUUUGCCCUUCAUCUGGGGCAGUUCUCAGCUUAUAGAGCACCCCCAUCUGGAGCCUAGGCACUUUGUGGAUGAAAAAGCGGUGAAUGAGAAUCACAAGGACUACAUGUUCCUGGAAUGCAUCCUAUUUAUUACUGA